AUGCAUUAAACAUUAUUAUUCGUGCUAUUCACAACGAUAUUUUGUUAUACUCAUAUUCCUGAACUGGAAAUAGACUUAAGUGCUCCACCAAAAUAAAGGUGGAAGGAGGCUGUUCAAACAGUUCUUGAUUUAUAUGGAUAUGAUAAUUCUUUUGGUCCGGUAUUUGCUUUUCAUAAUAAAUAUUCUUUUGAUGUCUUAAAUUAAGAUGACUAUACUACAAUAGCAUAAGCUUUAAGAAAGAAUUUCCCAGAACAUUCAUUGGAAUUGGAAGGGAUAAUUGAAGUAUUAAAUAGACCAGAGAUCACCUUUGAAUAUAUGGCUGGUUGGGCAUAUUUUCAUGAGAUAGCACAUAUUACAAAUUAUUUUUAUGAGUGCACAGGAGUUUUAUUAUCAGUAGGUGAUUAGGUAAUUCAUGGAAGAAACAUGGAUUAAGCACCAGGAUAAGGAAGAAAUUUAGUUUUGCAUUUAUUUAUUAAAAAGGAUGGAAAAUAUCUUGGAGAAGUAGUUGAUUGGUAUUGGUUCAAAGGUGGAUUUAUUACAGCAUUGAAAUAUAAUGUUGUUACUCUUGAAGAAAAUUGGAGAUAUGACAAAUAAUUAACUAAGGAAUCAGUAUUGACAUAUAUUUAAAAAGGAUUANAGUUUUUUGUAAACAAAUUUUCAAAAAAAUCUCAAUAAUUUCAUCCAAAAUUAUUGAAUAUCAAAAAGAUAAAAAUAUAAAUAGACAUGAAAUAUUUUGUUGACUAUUGA